AUGCGUUUUCUAGCAGUUUUAUAUGCCCUUAUCGCCCUAGCGGCUGCUUCGCCCAUCGGCUUUUUUGACGAGCUUUUCAAGCGCCAGCGCCGCGCUCCAAGUCCCGGUUGGGUGAACGCUGUGAGCAGCAACUCUAGCAACUCUAGCAACUCUAGCGGUGGCAGCAACUCAACAGGUUACUCGAACUCUAGCAAUGCCAGCAACGCUAGCAACAGCUCCAGCGGUCAAGGCGGCCAGACGCUCAAGCUUCAACUGAUCGUUACUGGCGGCCAACUACCGGCCAGCAGCUCGAGCUGGUCCGAUGUUGAAAUCACCACUCUGUUCAACUCCUCCAGAACUUUGAACUCUAGCCAAUUGUACGAAGUGGGUAAGACUGUGAACACCACCUUGUCUAACAGCAGUUACUCUGGAGUGGCUGUCUUGGCCAACGAAAAUUCCUUAGAAUCUCUUGGAUUCUUCCUCAGCGUCGUUGCUGACACCAACAAAUCUGUUGUGGUUGGCAAGAAAGCUGCUGACAUCGUCAAGGUCGCUAACACUACUUACGCUGCAAACCGUGGAAGCCUUGUCUCAAGUGACGGAUACAUUUACUCGGGUGCAGUUUACGACCCAUUCAGCGCCGGUUGGGGUGCUAUCGGUGCUGUGUACAGUGACGCGGUCUCCUGGUUGUAUUCUCCUGCUAACGCCACGUUGGUAGCCACUGAUUCUAGCAUCAGGACCAACUAUUCCAACUUUACCAAUGUUGACGUUUCGAACAGCAGCCUCCCAAUAGUGCCAAUUGUUUACGACGGUGACUACGACUCCUCUCUUUUGAGCUCUUUGAGUGGGUCCGUUCAAGGUGUUGUCAUCGUCUCUUCCGGCAAUUCGACUACUUCGACUAUCACCUCCUCAUCUCUACCUAUCGUUUUCGCUUCUUACGACGAACCAGUGUGGCCUACUGAUGUCCCAAUGGGAGCAAUUGCUGGUGGUUACUUAUCUCCCGUCAAGGCUCAACUACUUCUAACUAUUGCGCUUGUCAACGACGUGACAAGCUCAUCAUCUCUAGUCAGCGUGUUCCCAUGA